AUGGUGAUGACUGUUGAUGAAUCUGUGGGUAUAAAUACUGAGGGAACUGUGGAGAAUGAUUCUGAUUUGAAUGGAGUUGAUACAGAAUUGCCUGGAGGUGAUACAAAUCAAAAUGAAGUUGAAUCAGAUCUGCCUAGUAGUGACACAGAUGUAGAUGUUAUUCCAGAUGAAGAUGAUUCAGAUGUUGAUGAAGAAUUGAGAUCCCUUAGGGCUGAAAGGAGAAACAAAAGAAAUCCUAAUCUUAGGAAGAAAAGAGAUAGGGAGAAGAAAACAAUAACUAAAGAGGUACCAAUAGGUGAGGCUGGUGUGGAUAGAGGUUUUGAAGAUAUUGGAAUAAAUAAAAAGGAUAGAUAUGUUGGCAGAUUGGGAGGAGAUGAGAAGUAUAUUGAUAUCUCAGAAUGUGAUAGUGAUGAUAGCACUGAUAUACUAGAUGCAGAAGCUGUUGGAGGUGUUGAUCUACCAGGCAGAAGAAAGAGCAAAAAGGUCAGGUAUGAUGAUCAAUGUACUGUUGCUAUUUUUGAACUUGGAAUGAUUUUUGAGAAUGCUAAGGAAUUUAGAAAGGCUUUGGCAAAAUAUGCUGUUGAAAAAAAUUAUCAGAUUAAGUUAAGGCCUAAUGAAGCUCAUAGAGUGAGAGCUAAAUGUAAAUUCAAAGAAAAAUGCAAAUGGUUGUGCUAUGGUGCUAUUGAUAGGGAUUCUGGUAACUUUAUGAUUAAAAAUUAUUAUCCUAUACACAAGUGUUUACCUUCAAAUAAGAACAAAAUGUGUACAACUAAGUUCCUAGCAAGUAGAUUCAAGGAUGAAAUAACUAAACAACCAUCUUUGAGGAUUUGGGAAAUACAAGAAUUGUGCAGGGAGGAGUUAGGACUAAAAGUGGGUAGAACAAUUUGUUACAAAGCAAAGAUGAUGAUUCUUAGAGAAAACAUGGGUGACUGGAAUAUGGAAUUUGCAAGGUUAUGUGAUUAUGCUGAAGUCAUAAAACAAACCAAUCCUGGUAGUUCUGUUUGGGUAAGGAUGGAUAGAGAAACUAUACCAGGAAAGAAUUUGUUUGUGUACUUCUAUGUAUGCUUGGAUGCAUUGAAGAAAGGGUGGAAGGAAGGAUGUAGAAGAAUAAUAGGAUUUGAUGGAUGUUUCUUAAAGGGUGCUUGUAAGGGUGAACUUCUUGUAGCAGUUGGAAGAAAUGGAAACAAUCAGAUGUUUCCUAUAGCCUGGGCAGUUAUGGACAAGGAGACUAAACAUUGCUGGAGUUUCUUUAUCAACUACUUGAAAGAGGACCUGCAGUUGGGUACUGGACAGGGUCUUACUGUAAUGUCAGAUAUGCAGAAGGGUCUUCAAGCAGCUGUUGGUGAACUGCUGCCAAAUGCUGAAGUUAGAAUGUGUGCUAGACACAUCUGGUCUAAUUGGAGUAAAAGAUGGAAGGGAGAGGAAAGGAGAAAACAAUUCUGGAGAUAUCGAACACCAAAUACAACAUCAAAAUACUACUAG